GCCUGACAGAUGAAGAAAUUGAUCUGGCGUUCCAGCAGUCGGGCACGAGCACAGAGGAGCCACAGAGCCCAGCUCCUUCUGCACAGCUGGUGCCACCGCAGCCCUCUCACCCUGUGGUGCACAAUCCACCUGGCUCCAGAUGGCGAGAUUAUGGGGCUUUGGCUAUCAUAAUGACAGGAAUUGCCUUUGGAUUCCACCAGCUCUACAAGAAAUACCUGCUUCCUCUCAUCAUGGGAGGCAAAGAAGACAGGAAACAGCUUCAGAGGAUCGAGUCAAACAUCUCUGAGAUGAGUGGCAGUGUGACACAGACAGUGACUCAGCUACAGACAACUUUAGCAGCUGUCCAGGAACUGCUAAUCCAGCAACAACAGAAAAUCCAGGAGCUCACCCAAGAGCUGGCUGCUUCUAAGGCCACAACUUCCACCAACUGGAUUCUGGAGUCACAGAAUAUUAAUGAAUUGAAAUCUGAGAUCUACUCAUUAAAAGGACUUCUCCUGAACCGGAGGCAGUUCCCUCCCUCCCCUUCGGCUCCCAAGAUCCCGUCCUGGCAGAUCCCAGUGAAGCCAAGCUCACCCUCCAACCCUGUUGUUGCCAACCACAAUAGCAGCAGUGACAUCUCACCUGUCAGCAACGAGUCUACCACCUCAUCACCAGUCAAGGAGAACCACAGCCCUGAGGGCUCCAAGGUCAGCUGCCACCUGCUGAGCACGGAGGAGGGCAGCAAGGCAGUGAUUGACGUCAAGAGCCAAGUGAGGAUGGAGGUGCAGGGUGAGGAGGAGAAAAGGGAAACCAAAAGGAGUGAAGAGGAGGAAGAGGACGAUGAGGAUGAUGAUGUUAGCCAUGUGGAUGAGGAGGAAUGUCUGGGUGUCCAGACUGAGGACCGGCGAGGAGGGGAUGGUCAGAUUAAUGAGCAAGUGGAAAAACUACGAAGACCCGAGGGGGCCAGCAACGAGAAUGAGAUUGACUAAGGCACCCUGGCUUCUGCUGCUGCUGCUGCUGUACAUCCUCUGUAGCCUCCUGCACUGUCCCUGGUGCCUCUCCCAUUUUGAGGAGAGAAGUGCCACCGUCCCGUCCAGUGAUUCUUCCAUGACUGACCUUGAGCAGGGUCAUGAUUGCCCAGUGAGCAAGGUGGGCCCUGUUUCACUACAGGGCUUUGCAGUGUCGCAGUGGCUUCUCCUCCCUCCCCAGACCCACGUUCUCCCCAUGAGCUGGGGUCACUGCCUAGGCUGGAAGACCAAUCGCCUUACCAUGCACCACAGCUACAGAACAAGUCCUCUUACAAAAACACCAUCUCUCCUGAAACAGUUAGCCUCUUUGCUGCAUCCUAGAGCCCUUCUAUCCAGUUUCAGAAACCAGUCUGUCCUGAGCUCUUUGAUUUCACAAGCCUUUA